AUGACAACCCCAACCCCAACCCCACCAUCCGCCGCCGUCACAGCUCCUCCCUCCAAAUCCCCUCAAACCCAAACCCAAACCCAAAACCAAAGACCCACCGCCCUCCGCAGCAUCAUCGCAGGUAGCACCGCCGGCGCCGUCGAAAUCGCCAUCACCUACCCCUUUGAAUUUGCCAAAACGCGCACGCAGCUAAACAGACGAUUACCCGAUGCGGCCAAGCUACCGUGGCCUCCGUUUGGAAAGGCGUGGUAUGCUGGGUGUACGACGUUGAUCAUUGGGAAUUCGUUGAAGGCGGGGAUUCGAUUCGUCGCCUUUGAUCAGUAUAAAUCCAUGCUGCAAGAUGCGGAUGGAAAGAUUUCGGGGCCUAGGACUGUCAUCGCGGGGUUUGGAGCAGGGGUUACGGAAAGUUUGUUGGCGGUGACGCCUUUUGAGAGUAUCAAGACGACUUUAAUCGACGAUCGCAAAAGUGCCACACCACGCCUCCGAGGCUUCCUCCACGCCGUCCCCAUCAUCGCGCGCGAACGCGGUCUCCGCGGAUUCUUCCAAGGCUUCGUUCCCACCACGGCACGACAAUCCGCCAAUUCCGCCGUGCGCUUCGGCUCCUACACUUCUCUGCGACAACUCGCGCAAUCAUACACUGCACCGGGCGAAAAACUCGGCGUCUUAUCUACAUUUGGCAUUGGCGGGUUAGCAGGUAUCAUCACGGUGUAUGUGACGCAACCGCUCGAUACGAUCAAGACGCGCAUGCAGAGUAUUGAGGCGCGCACUCUGUAUCGCAAUAGUUUCCAUUGCGCGAGUUUGAUUGUGAAGAAUGAGGGCGUGUGGACUUUUUGGAGUGGCGCGUUGCCGAGGUUGGGGAGGCUGAUUCUUAGUGGGGGGAUUGUGUUCACGAUGUAUGAGCAGAGUAUUGAGUUGAUGGGGAGGGUGGAUCCGGAGAGUAGCUUUGGAAAUUGGGAAAAGAAAAGGGAAGAGAAGAGAAGAGAAGAGAAGAAAAGGAUAGUCGCAGUACAACUCCAACCAACCAACUCCAACUCCCGAAGCCGAACUCUGUAA